AUGCAAACAACUUCUACAGAUACAUACCCUAUUCCCACUGAAGAAGAAUUAAAAAAGAUCAUAGAAUCACAAUGUCAAAAAAUAGCAAAUCUUGGAAAAUCUUUAGAUGAACAAGAUCAUAAAUGUGAAUUUCAACAUGAAAAAUAUUCAUUUUUAGAAGCUUCGAUUGAUUCUAUUAAACGGGAAGCAUCUUGCAUCAAGAUGAAUAAUGUUAAGUAUAGACGCCGUAUGAAUAAGCUCAUAUCGAAGAGUAAACCUCCACCAGAUUAUACAGUACGUUGUAUCUCAUCAAUGAAUAAGAUAUCACCCAUAAGAAAUAAUAGUUGCCUACUUUUUACAUUUAAUUGA